AUGUCUGCCAUUUUGAUAAAAAUUUUAACAAUAAAACAAGAAAUCUAUCAAAUACUAAAGUACAACGCGAAAUCGGAAAUGAAACUCUUUGAAAAAGUAACGUACAACGAGACUAUACCUCGAGUAACUGGUUUUUAUUACGAAGCUAAUAAGAAAAAUAUCACUGGUGUUUAUGAUGACGGCCAAUACUUCGAUCCAUUAAGUACUAAUUAUAAAAGCAACGAUGAUUUGCGUUAUAUAAGUGGCGACCCUAUAGAACCAUUAUUUCCAAUAAGCGAAGGGGAAAUUUUUUAUCAAAAAAUCGAUAAGCGUAAUGUCUCAUCUGGCAAAUUGCGCUACCUUGUAAAAUGGGUCGGUUAUCCACCUUCAGAAAAUUCAUUAGUUGAUGAAGAUGACGU